AAUUCCCCAGUGUUGCAGCCCUCCUGUUUGCAGAUGAUGUGUCGUGUUUAUCUGACACAGCUGUACAGUUGCAGAGGAAGAUAAAUGUGCUCGAGCAAUUUUGUAAUGAUACAGGCAUGAGUAUAAACUUGAGUAAAACAAAAAUUAUGGUUUUUCGUAAAGGUGGUCCUCUACGCCACUAUGAGAAAUGUUUUUUUAAGGGCAGGAAAAGAGAAAUAGUAAAUGAAUAUCGAUACCUAGGUGUUGUGUUUACACCAUCUCUCUCAUGGACUAAGGCUCAGUGCUGUCUUUCUGCUCAAGCACAAAAAGCUUGUAUGUCAUUGUAUAACUAUCAAAAUAAAUUUGGAGCAAUUUCAAGUUUAGAUAUAUUCAAAAAUGUUGAUGCAGCUAUUUGUCCUAUCCUUUCUUAUGGAGCAGAGAUCUGGGGCACAUCAUACUGUAGACAGAUAGAAAGUUUGCAAAUAUACUUCUGUAAACGGUUUUUGAAAGUUAGUAAAUAUACCAGCAAUGUUAUGGUGCUGGGUGAAUGUGGCAGAGUUCCCCUACAAUAUCAGUAUAUGUCUAGAUGUUUCACAGUAUAUGUGUAGAUUGCUUCAGUUAAAUACUCACAGGUUGCCAUGUCAGUGUUAUCAAAUGCUUAUGUUAUUGGAUAAAGCUGGUAGAAAUACUUGGGCCACAUCUGUUGAAAACAUUCUGUAUCAGUUUGGUUUUGGUAUUGUGUGGUUAUCCCAAGAUGUAGGUAAUGUAAAUUUAUUUAUGUUUACUUUCAAACAAAGGUUGUAUGACAGUCUAUGUCAAGACUGGCAUUCUUUAAUAUCCAAUUCAUCAAAGUGUAAUGUAUAUAGUAAAUUUAAGUCAUUGCUGAAUGUAGAAAGAUACUUAAGCGUAGAUAUCCCAUAUUAUUACAAGCAUGUCAUUUCCCAAUUUAGGUGUAAUAAUUUCCGUUUAGCGGUUGAGUUAGGUAGGCACAAAAACAUCAAUUAUGCUGACAGGAUUUGUACUUAUUGUUGUACUAAAGGCUUACAUUUAGUGGAGGAUGAAUUCCAUGUUCUCUUAAUAUGUGAGAGAUAUGAAGAUAUUAGACAAGAAUGCCUUCCUUCAUGUACACUUGCUAAUCGCAGUUUUGAUACCUUUAUUGGGAUAAUCUCUUGUAACAACACACACACUUUAUCUUGUCUUGGACGUUUCCUCCGUCAUCUCAGAGAAAGUAAGAAGCAAACCUGAAAUUACAAUCUGUAACUCACUAUAGUCACAGUACUAAUACGUAACCAUGUACAAUAUGAUGUUACCAUUGUACUUGCAUUUCUGUAUCAAUAUCUUAAUAUAUGAGAGAUAUGAAGAUAUUAGACAUAUACACUUUUAACCAGUCUUGAAAAUUUUAGAAUGCUAACUUCUUGUAAUAACAUAAACACAUUAACUUGCCUCAUACGUUUCUUCUGUCAUAGAAAGAAAGCAACAAGUAAAUCUGAUAUUAAAAUGUUUUAUUUAUUUUAUUCACAGAACCAAUAGUUAAGCAUUUACAACACGAUGUUACCUGUUUGCCCGCACUUGUAUCAAUAUGUUGACAUAUGAGAGACAUGUAAGUUUUUGACAAGAAUGCCUUCUUUCCUGUACACCUGUUACUGCAGUCUUGAUAAUUUUGUCAGGCUAAUCCAUAUUAACUAUUGUCUUGAGAAUUUUAUUAUGCUAAGUUUUUGUACCAACAUAAAUACAUUAAAUUGCCUUGUACGUUUCCUCUGUCAUAUAAAGAAAGUAAUAAGUAAAUCUGAUAUUAAAAUGUGUAAUUCAACAUAACGCAUAAUAAUUUGUCUUGGACGUCUCCCUUGUCACAUAAAGUAGGUAAAAAGGAAAUCUGAUAUCAUAAUGUCUUAUCCAUUAUAUACAUGGUAUCUAAUACACUCGCAUGUAUAAUGCGAUGUACUAAUGUGUCUGCAUUUUGUAUUAUGGGCCUUUGGCCUUGAACUACAGAAAUAAAUCUGUCUGUCUAUCUGUCUGUCUGACGAAACACUUUGCCUUCCUUCACGAAGUGGCCCAAUCCAUAAUCAGUCAUCUAAUGAGAUGUUGUGUAACUGUUCCCUAUCCAUGACAACAUAUAUUUGACUAGCAUUUCAAUGGCUUUACCAAACACCUUGUUUUAAUUCAGUAAACCUGUUUAUCCAGAACAUUUCCGCGCCUUGACAUUUCCAGGCCAAGGAUACUGCUCUUUUCAGAGGUAGAUACACAAGAAGUAGAGAUGAAUUUCUUUUUCGAAAAAUAUAAUUAAACCUGUCCCUGGCUCGGUUUCACACCCCUCAGUCCCAUGUUAAGGUAUAUGAGGUACGAUAGAUAUAGUUGGUGUUGUGAGUUGUGAUAGAAGGUCCUGUGAUGCUCUUGACCCAUCCUCGAGGUCGUGGUCCUUGUUCAGUUUCACAAAGCAAGCCCACCCCCGCUGUCCCAUGUUAAAGUAUGAGUUAAGACAGAUCUACUUCAUUUUGUGUUGUGUUGCAGGGUAUUGUCCUGCUAAUGUCCUGUCCACGAGGCCCUGUGUUAACAGGACAAAGGCCCUCAUGUGUAUUGUGUCUAUAGCAGUUGAUUCCAGAUCAGUGCAAGACAUGGCCGUCCAAAAGUGGUGCCUGCUUUGUAUGGACAGCUCAAUUAAGGGCUGCUGUGUGUCACGCGAGGCAGAUGAUUCCCAAACUGACCCAUGUAUCGAUCCGACUCACCAUCAGCCAUUCAUGUUAUAUUCUCACUGGUGCCAUCUACACCGGAAGUCCUGGACGAACAAUGACCAUUUGAAAACAACACGUGACAAGUGAAGAGAAGACCAAGAUUGACUCUGUAAUCUGCAUGUUCCUCCAAUGUCUGAUAUUUGUCAUUUUUGCGACAGACCAGCUUAUAUAACUGUCUCUUUUGUGCCUGCUUGGCUUGACGUUUGAUGAUGUGUCUGUCAGUGUUCCGUCUGCAUUUUCUAAGGGGAUUUAGUUAGGAGAUUUAAAACAAAUGGAUAUGCCUAACCACGAAUAUAUAAUGGGAUUGACUUUUUUAAUCUUUCGGUAAUGAAAAAAUACAUUAAUAUAUAAAGUAUUUUUAGUUUUAUUUCUAAAAUUCUACCUCAUUAUACAGUUUGAGCAUCCAACCCUAGGUUCCGUUUCCCAAUAUCUACCAAUGUAGGAUGCGAUUGCAAGGUCACAGUAUCUUUAGACUCCAUAGGAUCUGAGGGGCGGCCUGGUGGUUAAAGCGUCUCUCGACAAUUCCAAGCCUUCGUUCAAUUCCUCAUGUGAGUACAAUGUAUGAAGAAUAUUCUGAUGUCCCCGUCGUGAUACUGCUUGAACAUUGCGAUAGGUGGCGUAAAACAUUACUCAGUCACUCGUUCUGGUCGUAAUCAGUUAUCUGGUUAAAACAUAAAACUUAAUACAUCAUUGGAAAUGUACAUGUAGGAACAUAUAUACUCUUGUUAUUGUUAGAUGACACGUUGUCAUAACAUUGACAUCGCCAGCCUUCACAUUGCACCCUCUACAACAACCUACCAGACUCGACACAACUUCGUUGAAUGCUCGACUUCACGUCUACAAAUCGCUAAUGCAGGGUCGAGUGAUAUAAAUAUUCAGCCUUGCACUACCGGCCGACAUUUCAGCAUCCAUGGCAUCGGCCCGUUCGUAUUGAGGCUGCUGCUCUUUGGCCCACAAUAAAACACGCUUGCCUCACAGCACUGUAUCCGACAAAAUUAGUGAUGUUAUGCUAAUCAAUUCAGUCAAAGUUGAAGGUCGUUGUGUAUGGAGUCGAUGGAAACAGGUUGGUGGCCUCGCGUCGACACAGCGCAGAGUGCCAACAGAUCCCUACACAAAAAGCUCUACCGAGUGUUCUGUAAAAGAAAAUGGGCGCAACUGGCUGGAGGUGAUACCGACUGAGGUCCUCGUGACGAUAAUGUGGUUCCUUUUCAUCUACGCAGCGUGUUUAGUUAGUUCUGUUAUUCCCCGGGAAACAUUCUGUCCGGCUGAAUGUCAGUGCUACACCGGAAUCAUCGGAAUCGGGAAAAAUGGGUAUAUAAUCCAAAGCAACUUGAGAAACAUGACCCGAAUUCCGGAUCUUUCUGGACUAAUCUCGAACCCUCAACCUAAACUCCUGAGGUUAAGAAAAAGAGCCAUCACUCGGGUCAAACAAACGGACUUUCCCGAAGGAAUUAGAAUCACGCGCAUCAUCCUUAGCGACAACAGGGAAAUGGAACUUGAAGAUGGCGCAUUCAGCAACCUACACAAUUCUUUGGAAUAUCUAAACCUUGAAAUUACAAAAAUAUUCUUCAACAAGACCCUAACAUUUCUCAGAGGACUUAGCAGGCUUGAAUAUCUCGAUCUGAGUUUCAACAACAAGUACCACUAUCAAUCUGGAGACCCGAACAUUAUCAGCCGUCUUUUCUAUGGCUUGGGAUUGUCGUCUUUGAAAAAACUGAAAAUGUACAACAGUAGAAUUCAGUCUCUUGGGACAGAUGUGUUCUUAGGUAUUGAAACACUGGAAGAGUUGGACCUAGCGGGGAACCUACUGCCUGGUGUACCCGACGGUAUUGCCCGCCUCACUGCCCUGACAGAUCUGGACUUAAGUAAUUCACGCUUCACAACUUUAAAAAGGAAGAGUUUCGUGAACAACAGAAAGUUGAUGACGUUGAGCAUGUUGUACUCCAAAGUUACUACGAUUGACGCCGACGCAUUGGUUGGUCUUGAGAAAUCAUUGCAAGUUCUAGACAUGCGUGACUGUAAACUGUCAAAAUUCCCCACCGAUGCUCUAAAACAUUUAACUGCUCUUAAGAAGUUGAACGUAAAAUUGAAUCCGUUGGCAACAAUUCCUGAUGGUUCUUUGUCUGGAUCUUUCUGUUUAAAGGAUCUGUAUAUCAGCCAAACACAUAUCAAACUAACUCGCAACAUUUUCAAAGGCCAAGAAAACUGUAUUAAAGACUUGUUUCUGAGAGACAUGGGCUUAGAUGAUAUUCCCGCGGAAUCGCUGAGAUCCUUAAAGAAACUUCGCUAUUUGUUUCUGGAUGAAAAUGAGAUCAAAGUCCUCCGCAAAGACUCUCUCGCAGGCAUCAAAGCCAGCCUCUUGGUGUUGGCCAAAAACCCUCUAGCCAGAAUUGAAAAAGGUGCUUUUCAGAAUCUGACCUACCCGUUGUACCUCGAACUCUCUGAAACUCUCCUGACAGAUUUACGCUUCACCCUUGAAUACGAUGCUGGGACAUUUGGUUCCAUAAACGUAAGAGGAGUGCCCUUAGAAUGUGAUUGUACAAUCGCCCGCCUGAUCCAUCAGGGAGUGUCGUUGACCGGGGCCUGCAAUGCCACGGUCACCCAGAUGGAUCUUAGAGAUGCCAAACUUCCAGGAUAUUUGUCUGAAUGUCCCACAUCUGAAGCUCAUUGUGUUCGUGGACACGCAUACUUGCUGACAGUCAUUUGUUUAAAAACAGAAAUGACCAAAAUACCAAACGGGAAUAUGCUAAGAAUCCUCGUGGGUCCUCGGAGCAAGAUGGAACAUAUUUUAAUUUAUGCAACUCUAUUUUUCUCCUUAUUUUCCUGUGUGUAUACAUCUGAUAUAAGCUGUCCUAAGAGAUGUGUGUGUAGGACUCGUCGAGUGCCCAAACUAGGUAAUACCUACUUCGUAAAUUGUAAGGGCAGAGCUUUCAUGAAGGUUCCAGAUCUUUCAUCUUUAAGUGAAAAUGCUCUCCCAAAACGUUUGGAUUUGUCAAGAAAUAUGCUCAUGUCCAUAUCACGGAGCGACUUCCCCAGCAAUCUGAAUGUCGCCAUGCUGUUUCUCGAAGCUAAUGACAACGUGAAGCUGCAAGAUAGUGCCCUGAUAAACCUUGCGGGGUCGCUACAGUUCUUGGGGUUACAGAGCAUCCGCCUGCAAUUCACUUCUCCCUUCACCUUCCUCAGAGGGCUCUCAAAGCUGGAGAAGUUGAUACUGAACUACAACAGCCAGAAAAAUGACGGUGUGAUUGCGCCAAACAUCUUCAAAGGUCUUGGUCUGACCGCCCUGAAGGACGUUUCCAUGUACAAUUGCCACAUUGCAGGUGUUGGGGAUAAAGCGUUUGUUGGUAUUGAGAGUCUGGAGGAGUUAGAUCUGACGUUUAACUGGUUGAAAGAGGUCCCUUCUGCCGUCAAGGAUCUGUAUAAUCUCAAGAAACUGACCCUGAGAUUGAACAACAUUAAAUCAAUAUCCAUCAAUAGCUUUAAAGGAAUGUCAAGCUUACGUGACCUUGACCUCAGUGAUAAUGGUGGCCUGAAAAUUGAAGAAGGAUCUCUCGCUGGGCUUGAGAAGAGUCUCGAAUCUCUUGCAAUGAGGACAUGCCAACUGGAUGAUGUGCCCACAGCGGGGAUGUGGAGUCUCGCAGCUCUGAAGAUCUUAAACGUAGGCUACAACCCACUUGUAGACAUGUCAUCUACGUCGCUAAAAGGAUCUUACUGUCUCCAAACCCUGGACAUCAGCAAGACGCUAGUGCCCCUAGAAGCGUCCAUACUUGAACCACAGAAAAACUGCUUGGUUUCAAUAUCUAUUAACGACAGGGGUUUGACAGAAGUACCUAGAGAUUUCUUGUCCAAUUUGACCAAGCUUCAUCACGUUUCACUAAACAAAAACCGAAUAUGUGUUUUGAAAACUGAUUCACUGAAGGGAAUCGGAGCAAAUUCCUACGAUUUUUCUGAUAACUGCCUCUAUAGGAUCGAAGACAAUGUUUUUGAUGGAAAGGGUCGAGGUAUUUCGUUGGCUUUGAAACGAACCAACAUGACUGAUGUACGUUUUGUUUUACAAUAUAAAGAGAAAACAUUCCAACAGAUUUGGCUAGAAGGACUAGAUCUGAACUGCGAUUGUUCUGUGUUUGAUGCCAUGCGGGUGUCUGAACCGUGGACACUGGAAGGACAGUGUCUGCUAAACUCGGAGUCCAAGGACUUAAAGGACUAUGAGUUUAAAAAAUUCCUCCAGAACAACUGUACUGUGGAGGAGAAGAAGACAGAAACAGCAGACCAAGUAGCGACCGAAAUUAAAGAAACUAAUGGUGUGAGUAGGUUUUCUAUUAACUGGGUAGUUUUGAUAAUGUCGUUACUUUUUUUGGCAUUGUUGGCGAAAAAAUAACAUAACACGCUUUACUGAUCACAUGAGAAGAAGAGGUUAUAAACGUUAAUCAAUGCCUUUGCAACACUUAAUAUCUUGUUUCCAUGACAUACUAUCGUAUUCCAAUGGCUUUUUCUCUCUUUUCCAUGACUUACUCUCGCUUAUUUCCUCGUCCCUUAGACAUAAACUUUCCUAAACGGUAUUCCGUUGUCUCACAGCUCAAACAGAUGUUCAUUUGUGGCAUAUUAAGCCUCUCUGUCUUAUAUUUGAUCACUAAAUAUAUGACCGUUCACAUAUUUGACAUUAUUGACAGAAGAGUUUCUUUUCUUCGUUCCCCGAACAAUGUGUCAAGAAUCACUUCUUCUAGAACUGGUGUAUAGGGAAUUCGGAAAUGACAAAGGUUCGUCAACGCAUUUCCUAAAUACAUGUAUAAUGACAUAAAUUUUAUGAUUAUCUUCGGGAAAAAGAAACUAUAUCUCUUGAUUUUACAAUAUGUUUGACUUUCGAUUGAAAAUUAAGUGAGGGAAGUUCAGUUAAAGAUAAACGUUAACCCUUCUGGCGCUUUAUCAAGGAAUAUUCCUAUGUGAAUAAAAAGAUAUAUAAAUUGAAUUUAACUUUUAAAUUUCAUAAUAUUUUAUGCAUGACUCAUACCUCCCGGUGGUUAUUUAAGAUAUGUUACCUUUAAUAGCAGUAACUUUACAACAUUUCAAAUAGGGUAGAUGGCUGAAAAUGCAUUUAUUACAAUUUUCUUGGUCUUAAUGGAAAAUUACCCAACAUAUUACUUAUUACAUGAUAGUCCAUAUGGCGUAAUGGCAUGGUCAGUAUGAUGGUUUGUAUGAUUUAAUAAUAUGGUCAGUGUGACAUGACAUAGUUGAUAUGAGAAUUCUGCCAGAACCAUGCUAUAUACUGUACCGAGUAUGUUGAUGAAUAUACAGUACACUUGUAUUCUUGUUUUACAAUAUCCUAAGUGAUAUUCUUGCCAUACCCGUUUACAUAAACUGGAUUGUUUUCAUUCCAAUUUAUGUGUAAAACAGGCCCAAUGCCGAUGCAUUCCUUAUUUUCUCAUUUUUGUUACAGAUGUAAUUUCUUUCCUCACUUUUCCUUGUUGCACUUGCCUCACAUCCUCAUAUACCACAAAGCGCUCCCAGUGCUAUGACUAUUAAUAUUUUUCUGUUAAUGGGGCUGUGAGAAAGUCAUAUAAAUACUGACAGAGCUUUGUAAAACUGGGUCCGGAUGUAUACGACAUGCUACUAGUUUGCUGUCCGUGUAUAAUACUGAAUGGUUGUGGUGUGUCAGUGGGAUACUGAUGCUGUGUGGGAACG